AUGCAAGGAGUAGACAGCUGCUAUCAUAUCCCUCAAGGAUAUUGGGACGAUCGACAAGCACCAGCAUAUCACAUUGCUUCUCCUCCUGGAUGUGACAGUCCGGUUUCGACAUAUUCGGAUUCGUCGUUGUCUUCAAAUCCGUCACCCCCGACGUUUUCGCGUCCUUUGUCUCGGGCAUCACAGCCCAAGAAGGCCAAGUCCCACAUUUCGCGACCUCCGAAUGCCUUUCUUCUCUUCCGGUCGGACUUUUGGGCGCGCGAGAAACUAAAGGCCAAUCCAGUCGAGCGCGACCAUCGCGACAUAAGCCGCAUCGCCGCUCACUGCUGGAGAAACCUUGACCUCGCCACCAAACAAGUCUACCAACGGCGUGCCCUGCAUCUUCGGGAAUUGCAUCAGCAACAGUACCCAGAUUACAAGUACACACCGGCUCGAAAGGCUCGCAUGAUGAAGAAGUCGAAGGACUUGUCGGAAGAGGACGAGCGUUGUGCGCGCCUUGCCGCGAUCGUCAUGCCCGACGUUGUUGCAUCGACGCGAUCGAACAUGAACCUGUCCCAUACUUCGACACCUCAUCUCCAUGUCCACCAAGUGGAUUCAGCCGCCGUACAACAUCAGUCCAUGUCCGCUUCGCCCAAUGCGCUCGGACUACACUUUCAGAGCCGAGACGCUCACUCUCUGUCUCCCUCUGAUACCCAAACCCAUGUGGACGCCUUGAUCUACCAGAUCUAUGGCUGCAGCGAGAGCGAACUCCAGGAAAUUUACGAUAUCUUCCGGUAG